UUUGUUUACAGAUGGCGGCGAAAUAGAGAGAUGUUCAAACUGGAAGUCCACUUGACAUGAUUUCUCAGCCGAGGCCUACUCUGAAAAGAGAUCCAUUUUAUGUUGAUCCACCUCCUAAAGCACAUUACUAUCCAACAGAAAAGAAAAAUCUCUCUGAAAACCAGAAAAAGACAGCUAUCAGUCCAAUUAGAUCAAGUACCAGGAAACGUAAUGAAGAGGAAAGACUGAGUUAUAAUGAUGAACUAUUUUUAAAGGGAGGUAACUCAUUCACCCCAAAAGCAAACCAGAAUGAAUCUGGUUCCUCACAUUUUGAUGAAUCAUGGCCAAGCACAGACAGGCCAUUAAGUAUAACAGAUGAAGAUCACCCUUUGAACAACAUUAUAUUUCAAAAUAGUGGAGAUAGAUAUGGUGAUUUAAAGAAAACAUUGCAGUUUCCAGAGAGGGAUCCUCCAGCAGACAAAAGAAAAUCUAACCUUAUGUCGCAGAAUGGAAAUAUGAGACAAGACAGUUCAUCAACUUUACAAAAAUAUAUUGAGAGAUUCCGUUCAGGACAGCCAAUGAGUCGUGAGGAGAGACAGAAGGCCUCAUCUUCUGCUCAAAGAGAUUUUUGGUGGUUAUCAGAUAGAUCCUAUACUGACAGCUCAACACCAAAAGAAGACAGCCCUGGUGCUAAAAAAACAAGACGAUUUACCCCACAUUCUCCUAUAAGCCCAUACAAAGGUCAUGAUAAAGGAUUUGGUUACAAGAAACCAGAGUUAAAGGACUUAGCUCCACAUGCAUUAGAUGAUACAACUAAAUUGUUACAGGAGAAAGCUGAUAGACUUCUUGAUAGUGCCAGCAGUGUAGCUUCUUCAGAUCCUAUUGUUAGUACAGAUGGACUUGGUAGUUCUCAGUCCUUCAGCACUACUAUAUCUAGUGUAGAAGAGCAACCAUAUAGACCCUCUUUUGCAAGAAAAUGGGAUAAACAAGAGAAGCCAUCUUAUCAAAUUCCUAAGCCACAAGGGAGACAACCUAGUGGACCUGAGGAGGAUGUUCUCUAUCAAUGGAGACUGAAGAGGAAGGUGGAACAGGCCAGAGAUAAUGCUUCAAAAACUCCUGCUGUCAAAUUUGGUUAUAACGAUAAAUCACCUGGACAGAAAGAGAUCGAUCAGAAGCUAGAUGAAUUCAAGCAAAGAUUAUCUGGGAGAGGUGGACAAACAAGUCUGCCAACUGAUGAAUAUAAAAAUUCUAAUGUAAGAUACACAAGUGAUUCACAUUUUUCAUCUGGAACUGUCCAGUUUACUCCUGCUCCACAAGCCAAAGGUCAAAUACAGCAUUCCCAUGAUAUGCCAGCCGAUCCAGAGAAACCAUUUCCUAUUGCUAGUCCAAUGCUUCCCCAUAAAGGUGCUGAUGAAAUAGAACCUCAUUUUCAUUUAACAUGUGACUUGUUGCCAUGUUCUCAUCAAGGUCAUACAACUCACCAACGAUCACCGAAUGAUUUUAGGAGAGACCAUGAAGCAAAUUCAGCAGGAAGUAAUUCAAAAUUUACAAAAACUGACAGUAAAGUCUCAGAAAAAGAUAAAGAAAUAGAUAGUGAUAGAUAUAAGUUUUUACAAGCUGAAAGACCCGAUAUAGAAGAGAAAGUAGAAAGUGAAAGUAGGGCAAGUAGGUCAUGUGAUGAUGAACAGAGUAAGAAACAUGUGACUGAUGAAGAUUAUGAUUCUUUUGAAACUGAUAAAAGUAAUAAGUUAGUGGAUAAGGAAGGUAAACAGAAUGUCAGAAUUCAAAUUCAAAAGGAAAGUGAGUCAAAAGUGAAAAGGAAAAUAAUUACAGACGAUGACAAAAGUAUUCCAAAAGAGGAUGACAGAAAUAUUCCAAUUUUGAAAAAGUCAGGGAAACCAACACACUCCAAGCCUGUAGUGGAUAACGCCAUUGGACAGGUUGUUAAAGACAGGUUAUUCAAUAUAUCAACCAGUACUGUGUUAUCCAGUAUUGACAGUGAGAUUUCUUCUCCUCCUCGACACCCAAAAUUUACAGCAGACAGUCAACAACAGAAAAAAGAAAACACAGAUGAUUCUUAUGAGUCAGAUGGAGAAUACCCUGAUGACCAGUUAUUACACAUGUUACGACAACAGAGGGCACAGUAUGAGGAACAACUCAGACAUAUAGAUGACAUGCUAGCAAGAUUAGAACCAGAAGAAUGUUAAGAACACACAAUUUUAUAUGGAACUUUUUGUAUGAAUCUACUGAUCUAAGUCCAUUCCUAACAGUGAAGAUGUGCUACCCAAGUCUUGACAGUUUAUAUAUCAGCUUAACAUAGAAAGAUGCUUGAAAGAUUGGAAGAAUAGGAUAAGAAAAAAUCCAGUCUUCUGACACUAGCUUGUAAUGGAACAUCUUGUUUUGGCUUGGAUAUUUGAUAGCCUUUUCUUUUUGUAUAUUAAAGUGAUUUGUAAUAUAUUUAUAAUAAAGCUAUUUAUUUAUUUUA